CGCCCGGCAGACACGUCGCCCACCUGCUCUGCCCACCAUCCACCGAGCGCUGCCCGCCAUGCCCCACGCUGCCGCCGCCGCCUCGCUCCUCUGCCUCCUGCUCGCGGCCUCUCUGACGGGGCCGUCGUGCGCCGUGCCGUCCCCACAGCGCCGGCCGGCCGCCCCCAGCAGGUGGCGAAUGCUGGGCGCCAGCUGCGACGCGGACCGCGACUGCGCAGUGCCCUACAGCCGCUGCACGGCCGGCGCCUGCGCCUGCCAGGCCUACUACGCCCGCUACAACGAGUCGCGGUGCCUGCCCUCGACGCUGCUGGGCUUCGAGUGCCUGGUGCGGGAGCAGUGCUCACUGAAGGUGGCCAACAGCAGCUGCAUACACGGCCUGUGCCGCUGUGAGCCCGGAUUCCUGCAGUUCCGCCGACACACCUGUCUCAGCCCGGCCAAGCCUGGCGACGUGUGCUACAGCGACGCGCACUGCCGCCUGUGGGACGCCAACUCGCACUGCCACUUCCUCAUCCCCAAGCUGUUCGGUCGGUGCGGCUGCAACGCGCACAUGCUGCCUCGCGGCAGCCUCUGCGUGCCGUCCCAGGAGGAAGACUUUCCGCCGCCGCCGCUGCUGCCCUCGCCGGCCGCUCCUGCCGACGCCACCACCACUCACCCGCCUGUCACCACCGCCGUCACCGAGACCACCACCACCACCACCACCACUGCCGCACCAACAACUACUGCCGCACCGACAAACAAGGCACCAUUCACCCCUGACCAUACCACCACUCCGAGCACCACAGUACAGACUACAGUGGAAAGUACUUCUGUGCAUACUGUUACAGAAGGAGUUACCACGCCAAGCACCACGGCAGCAGCCUCCACGACUCAAAGCCCCGAGGCGACAAGUACCACUUCAGGCGCGGACGAAGCCUUGUCGAGCGGAACGCCGUCGUCAGAGUUCACCGAAUCACUGGCAGUGUCUUUCAGCACCAGCGAUGCUGCACCAGUGACCGAUCGUGAGCCAGAUGUCUCCAUCAAAUACCCCGUCCCCAGUUCCUAUCCUACACCAGCUACGGAGGGUCCUUACAGGGAUGUAACAGCCGAAAUGGAAGCGGAAACCUCUCCGUUAAUGGCUGAUGCUACGUCUCCUCCAGUGUUCAGUACACCAUCAGAACCUGAAGUUCUAACCUCUUCACCGUCCCCUGUUGAAGCCGCAGAAAACAUUUUCGGAAGUUCUGAAGCGACAGUGGAGACAUCAUCGCCAUCACAACCUGCAGAUAUUAGCGACAUCGUUGCUUCUUCAACUAUUCAAUCAUCUAGUCCUGAAGCAUCGACCAGUAGUUCUCCCGAAGCCCUACCGACGACACCGAAACCUGAAACACACUUCGAAGAAAACGUCGAAAUCUCUUCUCCGACCGUUACAGAUUUUCCCGACAAUCUGGCUUCAGAUUCGGUUGAAACUUCCGCUUCCGUUCCGAGUCAUCCACCUCCAUUUAGCGUCGGUACAGAGCUGACGUUUGAUGCCAAUUACGCCACUUCGACGGAUAACCAGCCGUCUUCCUCCAUCGAUGACACCUGGGUGUCAUCAUCCUCGGCCUAUUCCGAGCUGGUGGUAACAACUGCACAGGAUACGUCUUCCUCCGUCGAUGACGGCUGGGUUUCAUCUUCAGCUUCUUCCGACGCUCCUGUAACGACGACUCAGGGUGUAGAUGCCGCCACGAAUGACGUAGAAGUCGGGGCCUCCUCUACAGAACCGGCGACCCCGACGCAGGAGACUCCAGGUACCUCCAGCUCGGAACCGCUUCUACAGGAUGACACUGAAGAAGAAUCAGUCACUGAGAGAGUGGCGCCGUCAGAGCUCACCGACAACCAGUCGACACCGCAGGAAGCGUCAGUUGCCUCUGAAGCUGUACCACCUUCCGGCUCAUCGUCUGCACCGCUAUUUGUUACCGAAGUGACGUCAGCCGAAAAACCUUCUACAGAAGACGAUUUGAUGCUGGCUGCAACGAGUUUUGCGGCAGGGAUGCGGCCCAUGGUGGCGGUGUCGCUGGGGCUGCCCUGCGUGUCUGACCUGCAGUGCCGCGCCGCCGACCCCAACUCCCGCUGCGUGGGCGGCGUGUGCGACUGCGCCCGCAGGCCCAACGGCACCGGCUCCUGCUGGGCCGGCAACCGCGGCUGCCACCCCGGCACCUUCCAGUGCCGGUCGACGGGCGCGUGCAUCAGCUGGUUCUUCGUGUGCGACGGUCGGCGCGACUGCGCGGACGGCUCGGACGAGGAGUGCAACGCGGCAGAGGGCAACGGCUGCCCGCCUCUCGCCUUCCGCUGCGGCUCGGGCGGCACCUGCGUGUCGCGGGCUGCGCGCUGCGACGGCAACAGGGACUGCCCGCUGGGCGAGGACGAGCUGGGCUGCUCCCAGAGGACGGCGUGCCCGGCUUUCACGUUCCCGUGCACUGGCGCCGGAACGGUGAGCUGCCUGCCCGACUACGAGCUGUGCAACGCAGUGGUGUCGUGCGCCGACGCCAGCGACGAGCCGCAGUGGUGCCGCGUGCCGCCCCCGACCGCCGCCGCCUCCCGCCGCCGCCUCCGGCUGCGCGCCCGCCCCCGCACGGGCCCGCGCUGCCCCUUCCGCUGCGACAAUGGCCGCUGCCGCUCCACCGCCAUCCUCUGCUCCGGCCGCGACGGCUGCGGCGACGCCAGCGACGAGGCGCAGUGCAGGGUCUGCAAAUGCGCCCCGGCGUCCGAGUGAGGCUGAGCAGAAGAAGCACAUUCAGUGGGUGGUCGCGCAGUUCGCUGCGGCCAAAGAGCCCCGCCGUCUUCCCAGCGAGGUGCCCGGGCAGCGAAGCGGUUCCGUGCCUCCCGAGAGUCGAUCUGCCACCACCGGAGAUACUUACGGCUUAUGCAUGUAUUGUAAGGACUUGAUGGUGCAGCACGAGUGAAGGAAUGUUGCACGCCAAGAAAUUUCUGUGCUCCCAUUAACGGACGGUGCCUUGAACGCUGUGGGCACUAAAUUUAAGUGUCUCCUUGUUUCUGUUAGUGUACAGUCAUGUGGCCUUCCUAUCUUGACACAGACAGAGAGGAAACUCCCAUAUACUUCUUUCUUACUUACCUGAUUUUGUAACUUACAGAUUUAUCAUAAUUUAUCCUCUUUUUCCGUAUUUUGUUGGUGGAGAAAGAAAUAAGAAACAUCCACAUUACUUAUUUAUUACUAUUUACACACACUAGGAGAUCCCUGGUAAUCGGAUUUUUGUAAUUCUUUACAUUCAUGGUAAUUGACGUUCAGAAUUCAAUUAUCAGUCACCAAAAAUACUUCAGUGCAACACUAAAAAUUCUCGAGAAAAUCGACUUCGAAAUUUUCCAAUGACCAUGAAUUCACCAAAGUAAAUGAGAGUUUUCUGAUGGAUCGUAUGGCUCACUUGGUACUGUUGGACUAGAGUAACCAACUAAUGAAUGGAUCAUUAGUUCAAAUCUCUCUAUGGAUUUUUCGUUUUUUCUUUUUUUUUGUUCAAAUCGAAUAUCUGCAUCAUUUAAAAAUAAAAUUAAUCAAACUUGUGAUAAACAGAACAUAUAUAAUCAUCAUGUUUUUAUGAAAAAUGUAUGUCUUCCUGUUUCUAAUAUCAUAUCACACGCAAAAUUCCAGUUUUCAGUGCAAAUUUAAAGUAGUAAUCUGAUAUUUUACAAAUAUGGUUAAUAUAUUUCGAAUGUUUUCUUUUAAAUUAAACAUCUUUAUUAACAGUCUUUCAUAAAAUAUUGGCAAUUACGAAUUUGUAUUUGCAGUGCAUGCAGUAUGUAAUUAGAAACAAGAAGAUAUACACUUUCCAUCAAAAAUUUUAUUACAUAUGUGUUAAUUAGCAUGUAUUUGAUGAAUCCUAUAGUCAAAUGAUCUAGGUAAUGGAACUGAACGAAAAAAAAAACUAAAAAGAAGGCCAUAGUGGGAUUCGAACCAGCGAUCCACUGAUUACCCAGUUAUCAUCCUGUGACGCCACACGAGCUGUCGUGAAAAAUCGCAUUAAUUUUAGUCAAUUAUUUGCUUGGAAAUCUUCAGAGUUGACUUUCCGGAGAAUUUUUUAGACUUCCAUCGAACUGCUGUGCGAGAUCGAUAUUUCAGUUCUGAAAGUCAAUUACCAUGAAUACAAAAAAGUACAAAAAUCCGACUGCUGGGCACUCUACUUGUCAGAAAAGUCACUGGCAACUUUACAAGAAAUCAACUAUCACUGAGAGUUUCCGUAGAUAAUCACAGUCGCUGCUGCUUGCAACUGUACACUGUCCACCAACUCACGUACAAACUCUAUCGGUGAGUAUACUUCACAGUCCUGAAAGGAAAACUUACUACUUUUAUACUCAAUGUACAGUAAACAUAUUGCUGUUAACGCAAAAAUAGAUACGUGUGUCACCAGUAGAUACAUAUUGUAAGUUUAAUGUUUUUGCAGGUUCGUAUUAAAGUAUUCACUAUGACUCUGAAAGCCCUUUGUAACAAUAUUGCAGGAGACAUGUCAGUCUGCGCCCUGAAAACCGGUAUGUCUAUCAAAUGUAGACAUAUUACCAUUGACUGCCAUAAAGACUGAGCCCCAAAAUGAAAUUUGAUGUCUCCUUUUCCAAAUCUCGUGAGAUGCCAAGCGUCUGUGCCUAACUAUUUUUGUACAGUAUUUUAACAUUUUAUACAAUUUUUCGAUGGCCUUUUUAUGAAUUAACAAUGUCUGACAAGUGUCGAGCUCUUAUCGUCAUCUAUUUUUUGUGACAAAAUAAUACAGAAUCACAUUUUUGGGUUAUCUAGUAGAGUAAUGCGAAUGAAAAUCAUACUGUCAUCAACACUGCAAUAAAAUAAGCGCAGAAGUGGUCAGCAUUUCAUUGCAAAUGUGCAAAAUAACAUAACUGUCGCCGACGCCUCUUUCUUUAAAAAUGGGUUCAAUUCAGAGUAGUAAGUGUUGUGAUUAUGUUCUGUGUAGAUGUACACGACACCAGUGAUCAAAUGCAUUAGAAGAAUAUGUGUCAAAGCGCUUAUUCGUAGGUAGCCUACCUUUUGUGUGAAAACUCAUAACUCUGCUGGUCACAGGAAUUACCAGUACAUUUCAGGCUGCCCCUUGAAAUGAUAAUGCCAGAAAAUAUGUCAAGCACGUGGCCGAGAGGAGCAUCACAGUGACUUUGUUCCAGCACAUAUGCAUUACGGAUCGAGUCUGAAAGAAAAUUCGACUGUCUUUCGAUGCCAGCGUCACUCAAUAGCUAUUUUUCCACCCGCGGGCAAUUUAAAGGUAGAGAAAGUUCUGUUAUUUUUGCUGGCCACGCACGAAAAUCCUUUUCAUGUAAUAGUAUGUCUGUGCAUCUGCGAACCUUCGUCAACUUUGGAUGAAAAUUAAGAGGUUCUGAGUGAUUCUUUCCAUAGAACAUUAAUGAAAGGGAAGAUGCACGUCCAAGGUGAAGAGGCACUGUGUGCUAAAUGUCAACGAACCAGUGACGAAGCCCGGUCUCUGUACAUCCAGUAAUGAAAUGCUAUCCAUUUCUCAGUAGUAACAAACAAAUCCUAUGUGAAACGAAAGAUCAUCAUCGCACCUUGCAACUGUUGAUGUUUUACUCAAUAUAAUUAACGAAUAAAUCAAAUCAUUAAAAGUGUGUGACGUAAUGGAAACGCAAUUAACUCUUAUACGAAAAUCGGUUUUCUUUCAUUACAGAGCAUUUGACACAGUUUCAUAGAGGACGAAAUUCGUGUUGCAGAAUGACUUCAUCAUUUUCUGUAAGCUAAAUAGAGCAAGCAACAUUUCAUCUGCGUAAUCAUCCUUCCAUAUUUGCCCUUUUGACUUAUCUUGCCACAUAAUCUGGUUACAAGUAACUAAGUUACUCUCCCGUUUCUCCAGCUAGCCCAUAGGGUACUUACGCUUGUUAAGUUCUUAGUAUUAUAUGUAGAUUUGGUGUACUUAACUAUUUAUUAUCAGAUGCCCAUAUGUUAUCUAAUCUCAUACCAAUUUCUUACGAACCCAAAGGGUUCCACAAGUUCGCAGGAAACGUGUAGGAAAGACACAGUUCUCCUUCUUGAACAUGUCACAUAUUUAAACUUAUUACUUCAUCAGUAGUAACUAAUAAGUAGUGCAACUCGUCUGCGGAUAUAAAGAUAUAUGUUUGCAUAUUUUAUUCCCGAUACUUAUGAAGAAAAAAGACUUACAGUAUUUGGAGUAUCAGUGACAAUAUAAACUUUGGCUAAUAAUAAGUGGUGGUCUGUGAAAUAAGGAUGGUUCAUUGAAAUUUGUAUGUGAAAUUUUGUGAUAUAUUUUGUAAGAUAUUUUAUCCGUUUAGAAAAAAUUUUCGCUGUAAUAAAAUGCCAAAAAAGUAGAAAGAUAUUACAUAAGGAAAAUAUUUCAACGUAUACGCACAUAAGUUUGUAAUUUAAAUGAUACUUAUUUAUAGCAAGUAACAGGCCGUAAUUCAUUGAUGAAGUCAAUAAAUAUUUUGUACCAA